CGCGUUUGACUCGAUCUUACCUGCGCGAGCUUGACGCGAUUUCGAGCUCUGCAACGAGCCAUCCUCUCCCGCAAUUGACAAUCUUUCCAUCACCUCGGCCUUGUCAAGGCUACAUCGGCAGUCUAGUCUCUUUCAUUUUCUGCCGUAAUCAGAGGCUACUUCAGUCGCAUGAACACAGUCCAGUAUCGUAAAGAUGCCACCGGCAGGAGCGGAGACUAUCCGCAUUCUGGUUGCGACGGAUAACCAUGUCGGCUUCGAAGAGAGAGACCCGAUCCGGAAAGACGAUAGCUGGAAGACAUUCGAGGAGAUAUUAAAUCUGGCAAGAUCGGAAGAUGUCGACAUGGUUUUGCUUGGGGGCGACCUCUUCCACGACAACAAGCCCUCGCGAAAGUCGAUGUAUCAGGUCAUGCGAGCCCUCCGCAAGAACUGCCUUGGCAUGAAACCUUGCGAGCUAGAGUUCUUGAGCGAUGCCCACGAGGUGUUCGAGGGGGCGUUCAACCACGUCAACUACCAGGACCCCGAUAUCAAUAUCUCCAUCCCUGUCUUUUCCAUCCACGGCAACCACGACGACCCGAGCGGUGACGGACAUUUCUGCUCCCUCGAUCUACUACAGGUUGCGGGCCUGGUGAACUACUUUGGCCGGGUUCCGGAGGCAGACAACAUACAGGUCCGGCCCAUUCUACUUCAGAAGGGCAACACAAAGCUUGCCUUGUACGGUCUAAGCAAUGUACGGGACGAGCGCAUGUUUCGUACGUUCAGGGACAAUAAGGUCAAGUGGUUCCGGCCCAACAUCCAGAAAACAGACUUCUUCAACCUCCUGACCGUUCAUCAAAACCACCAUGCCCACACAGCCACCGGAUAUCUCCCGGAGAAUAUGCUUCCAGAUUUCAUGGACCUUAUCGUGUGGGGCCACGAGCAUGAGUGCUUAUUAGACCCUCGCCAGAACCCGGAAACAGGCUUCCACGUCAUGCAGCCCGGAUCAUCUGUUGCUACGUCUCUUGUCCCAGGCGAGGCUGUCCCAAAGCACGUCGCCAUAGUCAGCGUCACCGGCAAGGACUUUGAAGUUGACAAGAUCCCCCUCAAGACUGUACGACCAUUUGUCACCGGCGAGAUAGUCUUGGCAACGGACAAGCGCUUCAAGGGCGUGGACAAGAAGAAGGACAACCGGCAGGAGAUCACCCGCAGGCUAAUGGACAUUGUGGAAGAGAUGAUCGAGCAGGCAAAUGCCGAUUGGUUGUCCAUACAAGAUGAAGGCGAGGAGCAGGAGGAGCAGCCUCUCCCGUUGAUCCGCCUCAAAGUGGAGUAUACUGCACCCGAAGGCGGCAACUACGAUGUUGAGAACCCGCAACGUUUCUCGAAUCGAUUCGUGGGUAAGGUUGCAAAUACGAAUGAUGUGGUCUAUUUCUACCGGAAGAAGACUGGGCAAAAGCGUGACAAAGAAAUCGGGGAACUACCCGAGGGGGCGGCAGAAGCCCUCGAAGCCAUGGAUACUAUCAAGGUCGAGGCUUUGGUCCAGGAAUUCCUGGCAGCCCAGUCACUCAAGAUUUUACCCCAAGCGCCAUUCGGCGAUGCUGUCAACCAGUUCGUGAGUAAAGACGAUAAACACGCGAUGGAGCAAUUCGUCACAGAUUCUCUUGCGGGACAAGUGAAGGACCUCCUUGCCCUGGACGAUGACGAGGACGGGGACCUCGAUAGUCACAUGGAGCGCUACCGGGCGAAGCUGGAAGCCCAGUUCGUCGCGGGGCAGCUGAGGCAGGCACAGAAGCGGAGAUUCAAGCCGAAACCCGACUUCUGGGAUUCUGACCUAGACGGUCACUGGGAGGAUCAACCGGAGGCGAUAGAUAACGAGCCUGAACAGCAAGUCGCCGCUCCAGCAAAGGGUCGCCCUCGUGGCAGAGCGGCAGCGAAGAAGACGGUCCUCGAGGACGACGAGGACGACGUGGUCAUGGACGAUGUGGAGGAGGAGCCAGUCCGGAAUGGCCCCGCGAAGCGAGGGGCUGCGGCACGAACUGCCAAGGCGGCGCCCGCGAAGAAGGCUCCUGCAGCGGCAAAGAAAGCCCCAGCAAGGGGUGGCCGCAAGAAGCCGAACAACCCAUUCCUCGACGAUGAAGAUGACGACGAGGACAUGUUUGUGGAUCAGGAUGAAGAGCCUGAACCGGCACCAACUCGCGCUGCUCCCAAACGAGCACAACCUGCCCGUGCCAGCACGAGGUCGACGAGGCAGACUACGCUGGAUUUCUCCCAGUCCCAAAGGCCGGCAUCGAAGGCAAGUCAGAAGGCUCUAGAGAUUAGUGAUGACGAGAUUUCUGAAGACGACGCGUUUGAGUCCAUGCCAGCGCCUCGGGCACGGCGACGGUAAGCAUGUGAGAUCGCGAAUGGCUUCUUGGUGUUUAAACUGUGGGAAAGAGAUACUUGGUGGCAACUGACCAGUGAGUCUGAGCUAGGGUCCUUGCUAGGGCCACGCUGUACGUACCUAGCUAUCAGGUACGUAGGUGCUACCUACUGUAUGUACUUUUUGCGUCUAGAGAUACAGAUGUUGCUGGCCAUCUAUGGUCUAAUGUCUAAUGACAUAAGAGAGCCCUAAAUGGCAUAUAGUUCUCCAUAAAAGUUUGGAGCUCGUCCAA